GGGAGAGCGGGGCGCGCGCGCGGCAGCGGCGGCUCCUCGGCCCGGGGCGGAGGGAGACGGGGAGGCGUCCGCAGGCUGAGAGGUCGCAGCGCCGCUUCCUCGCCCGGUCACCAUGGCUGACCAACUGACAGAGGAGCAAAUUGCAGAGUUCAAAGAAGCCUUCUCCCUCUUUGACAAAGAUGGUGAUGGCACCAUCACCACCAAGGAGCUUGGCACCGUAAUGCGCUCCCUGGGCCAGAACCCCACCGAGGCAGAGUUGCAAGACAUGAUCAAUGAAGUGGAUGCGGAUGGAAAUGGCACGAUCGAUUUCCCAGAAUUCCUCACCAUGAUGGCCCGGAAAAUGAAGGACACGGACAGUGAAGAAGAGAUCCGUGAGGCCUUCCGAGUUUUUGACAAGGAUGGCAACGGGUACAUUAGUGCUGCAGAGCUGCGCCAUGUUAUGACCAACCUGGGCGAGAAGCUGACGGAUGAGGAGGUGGAUGAGAUGAUCAGAGAAGCGGAUAUAGAUGGGGAUGGACAAGUCAAUUACGAAGAGUUUGUACAGAUGAUGACCGCCAAAUAAGGAAAGCCGCCGCCUCCCCCCGCCCCCGCCCGUUCCGAAUGGAAGGAUGGCCCGCUUCCCACUGAGACCUUCCCACCCAGCCCCUCCUGUCCGUGUGGAACUCCUGCUUCAUCAAGGCUUUCACAAUUCAUGGCCAUUCCCUGCUCCCUCCCUCCCCCCUCCCUCCUCGUGCCCGGGGUGGGGGCAGCUGGGGGGGCAGGAGGCCUGCUUCAGAGCCUUUGCGGAGCGUGAUGGAGCUGGACUAAGGUCUUAUUGUGAACGGGGGGUGUGGGAGAGGUGAGGCUGCCCCCCUUCCCUGCUUCGGCCCCCACCUCGCAACCGCUUUCUUUCCGGUCUCCCUGCAUUCAUGGACUGUUGCUGUAUGCAGCCGAGAGCAUACUUAGGCCAUCUACAGUUGUCUUCCUAGGACUAUCUGCAUAUCUUGGGUAUAUUGUACUUGUUAACCUAAUAAACACAUUCUCCCCCCACCCCACCCCACUUUCCAUGGCUUCAGGGAAUGCUUCUGUUCCAUUCCAGUUGAUGUAAGGUUUUUUUUUCUUUUUUUCUUCUUUUAAAUAAACUUUGUGUUUCAAACUGGUGGA